GGGAGGUCCAGCGAUGGAGUGGCAGAAGAAGAGGGACAACCAUCAGUCAUAUCUUCAAUAAAUCCCAGCUGAGCUCAGCAAGACCACCAUGGUGUGGGGCUGGGUCACGAACUUCUUCACCUACGAGACCACCAAAUCCGUGGUGGUCAAGAGUUGGUUGGUGGGCAUCAUCAACAGGGUCGUGCAAGUCCUGAUCAUCACUUAUUUUGUUGGCUGGGUGUUCAUUCAUGAAAAAGCCUACCAGGUGUCCGACACCGGCAUAGAGUCGUCCAUCAUGACUAAAGUGAAGGGCUUCGGCUACCAUCAAGAUCAGCUCAUGGAUGUGGCGGACUUCAUCUUCCCCCAACAGGGUGCAGCUGUGUUCUGCAUCAUGACCAAACUCAUCAUCACCGAGAAUCAGUUCCAAGGAAAAUGUGCUGAAAAUGGGAAGGGGUAUAGCUGUAACACAGACACCGACUGUGAACAACAUCUUGGUUCCAUCCUUACAAACGGGAGGAUUACAGGUGCUUGUCUUCACGGCGGUGACAUGUCCAAAGGUCAGUGUGAGGUCGAGGGAUGGUGUCCGGUCGAGAACGACAGCAUCGAGAUGGAUCCCAUGGUCGACGUGGAAAACUUCACAAUCUUCAUCAAAAACAGCAUCCGCUUCCCUCUCUUCAACAUCACCAGAGGAAACUUUCCAUCCAACAUGACGUCUGAAGAGAUAAAGAAGUGUAAAUACAACACUGAAACCAACCCCUUCUGCCCCAUCUUUCAAGUGGGCGACAUACUGAAGUACACUGGACAGAAUGUGGCUGGCCUGGCGAAAAAGGGUGGCGAAAUCGGAAUAAACAUUGAGUGGAAGUGUAACCUAGACCUGGACAUUGAGUAUUGCGUACCCAAGUACGCUUUCACCCGACUCGAUGCCCCUUUUGCCAAGAACGCUGUCUCUCAGGGGUUCAACUUCAGGUUUGCCAAAUAUUUUAAGACUCAGAACGGGACCGAAUAUCGGGCACUGCACAAAGCUUUUGCCAUCCGUUUUGAUGUAUUGGUCACCGGCAAGGCAGGAAAGUUUAACACAAUCCCAACUCUGAUCAACCUGGUCGCUGCCUUCACUUCCAUUGGACUCGGUACAGUUCUAUGCGACCUCAUCCUCCUAAACUUCCUAAAAGGCGCAGAGCAGUACAAAGCCAAGAAAUUUGAAGAGGUGUCGGAGGCUCAGAUAGAAGCGUCCCUUGCGCCGAGCCCCAGCAGCCAGAUAUCCAUCAAAGAAGGCAUGAAGAGCUCCUACGACUCUGGAGCCCAUUCUCUGGCCACUGCUGACCAGCCUGUGUGACACAGCCGGGUGUGGGUUUUGCUGUUCCCUCCAAUCAUUAAGCCUUUUCAAGACCGAAGGAUACUGUGGAUUUUGUUCAACGACCUUAAGGAAUUGUGUAAAGAUGGACUGCGCUGCAGAGCGACUUCCUGGAGUAUUUACAGUAUGAUAAGCAAAUCGAGAAGUCAACAUUCAGGAAACGUUCAUGAGUAAUUCAAUAUAUCAAUAUUUUUUAUUUGUUCACUCACAAGAUACAAGCAAAAGAGCAAAAACAUGCACAAAACACAUUUUCACUCAAUGACCAAGUCACCAAUCUUCCAAAAUGUAAUAAACUCAGCUACAAGGUAUUCUACAUUAAAUGUAGCUACUGUUGGAAGUGUUCCUUACCCUUUCCUUACCCUUAUUGAACAACUCUCGCCACAACUUCUCACUGCGUGUUCGUUGCUUUUCCAAUGAAAGAUAACCAAAGAAUGAACUCACAAUCAUUGCAAUUUGAUCCAGAACUCAACAAGAUUACAAGAUCACAGACACGCACGCACACACGGAACUAUUUCUUUAGCGAGAAUAUUUGCCCAAUUCCAACUCUACCGACAAGAGAAAGAUAGCCGAGUAAGAUACUAAAAAUGAAAAAUGUAGCUAAACUACAUGAAAGUCACUUUGGUUGGGUGAACCUGAUCAAAGAAAAGGUACGUUUUAAAAUUUUGUAAUUAUACUAAAGGGAUGUAGACACAUGGGGUACGUUCGGAAAUGCACUCCUAGCGCGCUCCGUACUCUCCUGACUGUUGGGAAACUCAGAGCGUUGUUGGACUGUGUUGUUUGGUGGGUUAUUCAGAGCGCACUCUGGACGCUCGGAUUGGGGAGACAGAGCGUCAGACAGUCAGGCAGAAUGACCAAGCAAGGCGCUUAUUUGUAAAUUCAAAGAAAGCCAGCGCGCGUUGCCUUUCAGAACACUUCGCUCUCAGAAUAGAUUUAGGGCAUCAGAUUGAAUUUUUGAACGGACCCAUUCCCAAAAACAUGUUGCAGGCUGUUGAUGUUUGCGGAGUUGUGAUGACUAGCCCAACAGUGCUCAAAAUAGUCUUCUGUAAUGGAAGUAAUUACAUUUACAGUUCACUGGCACAUUGGCUUGUGAAUUUAAUUCGUUCCGUGAACACGCUCAUCAUGUAAAUUACUCAUAUCUCAAAUGUAUACAAUUUAUACAUUUCCCCAUUGAAAUGAAUGGGAAUGCCAUUAAUCCAUUCCAGCCCUUCCCCAACAAUUAUAAAUAAUAAAUAGAAUUGAACAGGUUCAUGUGGACGACUGGUUAGAGCGUCUGCCUCACAGUUCUGAGGACCGGGGUUCAAUCCCCGGCCCCGCCUGUGUGGAGUUUGCAUGUUCUCCCCGUGCCUGCGUGGGUUUUCUCCGGGCACUCCCACAUCCCAAAAACAUGCAUUCAUUGGAGACUCUAAAUUGCCCGUAGGCAUGAUUGUGAGUGCGAAUAGUUGUUUGUUUCUAUGUGCCCUGCGAUUGGCUGGCAACCAGUUUAGGGUGUACCCCCGCCUCCUGCCCGAUAAUAGCUGGGAGAGGCUCCAGCACACCCGCGACCCUGGUGAGGAGAAGCGGCUCCGAAAAUGGAUGGAUGGAUGGAUGGAUGGAAGGUUCAUGUUGGGCACUUGUAAGUCAAGGUAGAAAUGCAUCAUCUGCCAAUCGCAGGGCCCAUAUCAACAAACAACCAUUUGCACUCUCAGUCACACCUACGGGCAAUUUACAGUCUUCAAUUAAUUACACAGCCUACUAUCAGCUGAAGAACAUAUCCAAAGUGAAUGCUUGCAUGUGCCAAGCAGACCAGGAGAAGCUCAUCCAUGCUUUUAUCUCAAGUCGACUUGGCUAUUAUAAUGGUCUUCUGACUGGACUCCCCCGAAAGAGCAUGAAACAGCUGCAGCUCGGAUUCUGACCAGAACAAAAGAGGUCCACGCAGAUUACUCCAAUUCUAAAGUAUUUACACUGUCUCCCAGUCAGCUUUAGAAUAGAUUUUAGAGUUCUGCUACUGAUGUAUAAAUCACUCAACGGUUUAGGUCCUGAACACAUGAAUGAAAUGCUAAUGUAAUAUAAACCCGGUCGGACUCUGAGAUUGACAGACUCGGGUCGAAUUGUGGAGUCCAAAGCAAACACGGUGAAGCAGCAUUUAGCUAUUAUGCUGCACACAAAUGGAAUAAGUUGCCAACAGAAGUGACGUCAGCCACAAGUGUGCGUGUUUUGAAGUCCAGGUUAGAAACUUCUUUUUUCCCAUGCUUUCUAAAGCAUUUCCACUUUUAAAUGAUAUUUAUUGCACUGUAGGCUGUUUUAAUUGUAUUUUUUAUUUUGUUUCCUCUUUGUUUUAAAUGUUUAUCAGCUGUUUUCUUUUCUUUGUUUUUAAAUGCUUUUAAUCAUGUAAAGCACAUUGAGUUACCUUGUGUAUGAAAUGCGCUAUAUAAAUACAUUUGCUUUGCUUACAGCACAGGCAAGAUUCUUUGAAACGUUGCCAUAGAAUUAAAACAAAAACUACUUUUGCUUAUUUUCUCGAAGAAGAAAAAAAGGAAACAUUAAUAAAUAAUUAAAGCUGUUAUUUCACUGCAAGCGGUUCCGUUUUACAGGAUUUUUACGACAGUUAACGAUGAGCCCACGUAACCUCCAUAAUAUUAUAGUUUCUCUUGUUUGCUUUGCUUACUUGAAGCAUAAUGAGGAGAAAUGUAUCACCCAUACUUGGUCCUCUUCCUGACACAAAAUAACU